GUUCCACUGCGGACAAAGGAGGGAGCUGGGCCCUGCUUCCUCCUGGUCCUGUAGAUGAGGAUUUUUAGACCGUGGAGACUGCGCUGCCCGGCCCUGCACCUGCCCUCGCUCUCCGUGUUCUCGCUCAGGUGGAGCUUGCCCUCCCUCACCACUGACGAGACCAUGUGUAAAAGUGUGACCACAGGUGAAUGGAAGAAAGUCUUCUAUGAGAAGAUGGAGGAGGCAAAGCCGGCUGAUAGCUGGGACCUCAUCAUAGACCCCAACCUCAAGCACAACGUGCUGGCCCCUGGCUGGAAGCAGUACCUGGAAUUGCAUGCCUCGGGCAGGUUCCACUGCUCCUGGUGCUGGCACACCUGGCAGUCGCCCCACGUGGUCAUCCUCUUCCACAUGUACCUGGACCGUGCCCAGCGUGCGGGCUCGGUGCGCAUGCGCGUCUUCAAGCAGCUGUGCUAUGAGUGCGGCACCGCGAGGCUGGACGAGUCAAGCAUGCUGGAGGAGAACAUUGAGAGCCUGGUGGACAACCUCAUCACCAGCCUGCGCGAGCAGUGCUAUGGCGAACACGGCGGCCAGUACCGCAUCCACGUGGCCAGCCGCCAAGACAACCGGCGGCACCGUGGCGAGUUCUGCGAGGCCUGCCAGGAGGGCAUCGUGCACUGGAAGCCCAGCGAGAAGCUGCUGGAGGAGGAGGCGACGACCUACACCUUCAAGCGGGCACCCAGUCCCGCCAAGCCGCAAGCUGAAGCGGGUUCUGGAUGCAACUUCUGUUCUGUCCCCUGGUGCUUGUUUUGGGCCACGGUCCUGCUGCUGAUCAUCUACCUGCAGUUCUCCUUCCGCAGCUCUGUCUAAAACUCCCUUGGUGGGCCCCAGGGGACUCUAGGGGCCCAUGGCCUAUGGGGGCCUGCCAGCUGGUGGGAGAGGGUGAGGAGAGACCUGGGCUGGGAGUGGGGUUAAGUUCUAGCACUGGUUCCCUGGACAAAUUACCCAGCUUUCCCAUCUAGAAAACCAUGGGUUUGGGCUACAUCCUUGGUUUUUUUUCAAAGUGAAACCCAGGGCCCCAAGUGUCUGCAUAGGUGCCUCAGGGUCUUUUGGAUUUGGAAGUCAGGCUCACUGAGUGAGCUUUUACAUCCUGGUCAACUGCCCAUCCCCAGCUCCUACCUCCUCCUGUUGUUUUAGUCAGAACCGCUCCAUCUUAGAUGGAGUUCCGUUUAAGAGGUUUUUUAAUUUUGACAAUUACAGGACGAGGUGAUCUCAAAAGGCCUUUCCACAGCGAUGCGUGUGCCCUUUCUUUCUUGUUACUGCCCCCACCCAUCCCUACCCCUCAUUAUCUCCGACAUGUGGAGCCGCAGCCUUAAAUUAGCCUCUGCCUAAUGGAUGAGUCUCACCCACAGCUCUGCCUCCUGUACACAAAGCAGAAGUUCCUCUUGAAGAGAGAGACGUGGGGGCACUAGGCUGCGCCUUGCUGCUGGGGUCUUCCUGGCUCAGAGAUGCUGCUUGGGGUAGAGUCCCACAGAGCUAGGCAUCCCGCCCACUGUAUUUGAACUGGCGGAGAAUUUAGAGGAGGUUUAGAAGGUAGAGUGUUAGAAGCAAGGCAUAAAAUUCCUAGGAAACAAAUGUAAUUACUUUCCAUUAUAGUGAAGUGUCUUCAGAGUUCAGGGACCAAGUCUGACUGAUUUUCAGCAGCUCUGAUGGUCCGAACACAGGAGCAGUGUCCUAGCUUCCAUGGUGACACCCUGCUUGAGAGACUUUCCCACAUUGGCCAUGCAUGGGCCCUCUCACCAAAGAUCAGCUGUCUACCUAGAACCACAAGGAUGGUUCGCAAGAGAGAGAGCAUUAAAGAUGUGAAGUGUUUUGUCCAUACUCAAGUGCAUGGAUAUGUCGGGGAAUCUUACGUCUCUUUAAAAUGGGAUGCAGUACAGUUUGGACUGGGAGAAGGGAAGACUUUCUGAUAGUGGGGGUACGGAGUGGGGUGAGAAGGGAAGCAGAAAACAGGAGGUGGGAGGCCACCCUGUUCUUUUGAGGGUCCUCAUUCACCUCACCUCUGUUAAUACUUGACUCCUUCUCCUCCUUCCUCCCUUGCUCCACUUUUUAGUGGAAAGUCACCACUGUCUGUAGUGGUGCAGGGAGGAGGGCCACUUAUAUAGAUGGGAUAUGUUAAUAAAGAUGGGAAUAUCUUCAAUCAGGCUGAGUAGUCAUUAAUGUGUGCUUGAGAUUCACCACACUGUCCCUGAUCUGUAAUGGGCUG